GAGACAUUGGCUGAGGCAUGGAAGAGAUUCAAAGUGCUAAGAAGAGCUUGCCCUCAAGGCAAGAUGACUGAUAGUGAGAUUCUAUCUUGUUUCUACAGCGGAAUCAACAAUGAAGGGAAGAUGAUGCUUGAUGCUUCGGGUGGAGGAGCUUUUCCUCAGUUGCCAUCUGAGGUGGCAGAAGAACUAGUGGAGAAGAUAGUUUCUAAUAAUGCUUCAUGGUAUGGCUCUCGGGACACACCUCAUCAGAAGGCCCCGGGCUUGUACGAGAUCAAUGAUAAUUCUGCCCUUUCUGCGAGGGUAGAUACUUUGACCAGCAUGAUUCAGAAGCUUGCUACCAUUGUGGAGGAUAAUCAAAAGAAGACAAAUCUUGCUCUCUCGGUGCCCAGUGUUAAUAUGGUAGCCCCCGUUCCUAUUAGUCCCUCUUGUACUAUGUGUGGGGGACUCCAUUCGCCACAUGAAUGCACUAUGUUGGCA